AGGCCUCUGAAAUAUUGACGGAAGCGGGCUUCUCAAUUCAAUUGCAUUUCGUAAUCCAAUAGAAUUAUCACAAGAGCCCGUAUAUUAUAGACAAACAUUGUGAUUUUCUUUCCCGUCGCCUUUCCCUCUUAUCUUGCGGUUACGCGAAGCCAGGGUGGAUAAAUUGGAGAUGGCAACCGACGUCAAGCAGAGCGAUAGCUCAAAGCCAUCUAAAAAGCCGGCCGUCCAGCCCAAAUCACAGCACACAUCGGAUGGAUUUCUGCAAGACUUCCUAAACCCUUCUUUCGAUCCAAUCUCAUACAUCAACGCCAACCUGCCGCCUCUGGCGCAAAAAUCACCCGUGCCCACCUCGAAUCCCAAUGCCGUGCCCCUUGCGGAGCUCGCCACGCAGUCCCAGGCGCUGCUAACACAGCUGGACGCCCACACAACCAGGCUUUCGGACACUUUGACGCAGAUUACGGAUGAUAUCCUCCGGAGCGGGAGCAGGAUGUCGUACGAGGUGGAGAUGAUGCGAGGAGAGGCGCUGAGCUUGGAGGAGCUGCUGUUUGAGAAGCUGGCCGAGGAGAUCAAGCUGUUCGUGCCGGGGGGGCUGAAGAAGGAGGGCGAAGCCAAGGAGGAGAGUGACAAGAAGCAAAUUGAAGAAGAGAAGAAGAAAGAAAGAAAAGAUUCGGUGGCAGAAAACGGGAGAGAAUCGGAAGCCAAGGCAGCCUCAAAAGCCGAGGCCGAAGCGCAUGGUGAGGCUGGAGUUGGAGGACAAGAGCCAGAUUCUAUCAAGCAACUACGCACACUCACGCUUGUACGCGAACGCCUGGAUUCCGUCAUCAAGACAUUCGGCGAUGCCAUGGAAUUCACCUUUCCGCCUUCAGAAGUGUCCGUCAGUUCUGGAUUCUUAUCUGUAUCCGCACCAGAGCCUGGGUCGGAGCUGCAGAGCUCGGAGGAGAAGGGCCAACAAGUCCUGAAGAAGCUGCGAGAGGAGAUUUCAACUCUACUAAACAACAGAGACGAUCCCGUUUCAGGCAUUGAGAAGGCUGCUGAGAGGAUCGAGCGGCUCAAGGAGCUUACUACCGUGUGGACGGGCACUGCCGAGGAGAAGGGCAGAACGAAGUUCAUCGAGAGUCUGGCCAAGAUGGUGGAGGACAGACACCGUGAGCUGCUAAAGGAGAUUGACGUGAAGAAGAACGAGGCUAUCCUAACGAGGGGUGAGACUAGUGGUGGCAUGGCAGCAAGAGAUGCCGUUGCGACAGAAGAGGCAAAGGCAUUGCCUGCUGGAUUUGGGCUGAUGAGCCAGCUGCAGAAGCUUCGCGGCGGAUUGUGAGGAAAUAAACCUUUUUAUUUCUCUCUUGUUAUGGAUACACUGGGGAUAUUAUCUGAUCAUGCUGCAAAAAACAAUACCGCUUUACAGAGCUUAUGUUACAACGGGCCGAACGAGAUGAGAGAUGAGAUGAGACAAGAUGAAUAAUGAAUAACAAAUUGGCCACUCACACGCCGUCAGUCAACCUAACACGGUAUUACAGUCUGCCACCCACCCACAUCUUCUUCAUGUCUUGCUGCUAUAUUAUUUUGUAUUUAUGUAUAUACUUCGUUUCUCGCAGCUCAAAAGGCAGCCUUGUGGUUUGAGAGGCU